AAACAUUAACCCAUGCAAAUGAGCGCGCAGCCUGCUGCCGUGUGCAAACAGGCAAACAGCAUCAGUGCGCGUAAGCACGCCGCGCCGGUUGGUAGGAGUGUUAAGGUGAGGGUGUAGUAGAGGCCAAGUGUUUUUGUGACUCCAGCUACUUCGAUGAGCUACAAACGAGAGAAGGGCCUGGUAGACAGUGCGCCCAUCGGACUAUGCCUCCCCCAACUUGGGAGGAAAGCAAAGGGGAGACCGGACAGGCGGAGGACGGAGCAGCGGAGAGCGAAGACAGGGAGAGAUACGCAGGACGUCUCGUGUGCGCUCUGCAGAUGGAGAUGACAAACUGCAGCCUGCACGGCGACUCCAAAGUGGACUGUGUAAAUAGCGGUGGCUCGAUCAGCCGAAACGGCGGGGACUCUGCAGAAGUAUCCGUGCCACUGUCACAUCGGGCCGCUCUGAUGGAGGGAGACAACCUCUUCAGACUGCGAGACCGAAAGUUUCUAUUAGAGGAUAAAAGGCGCCUUUGCGCGUUGGCUUUGGGCACCGCUGUGCUCGGGAUACUGCUCAUGAUCAUCCACGUCGAGAUGUGCUCCUUCAUUAAUAAACGGAGCCCAAACGUUGCCUUAAUCAUCAACUGUUCCAUCAGCCUGUCCACUGGGUGUCUCCUGGUCCUCAUUAUAGCUUUCCACUAUAAGGACAUCAGGCUGUUCAUCAUUGACCACAACCAGGUGGACUGGCGUAUUGCCAUGACCAGCCAUAGGGUUCUUGUGAUCACUCUGGAGUUGUUAGUCUGUGUCAUCCAUCCUGUUGGCACAUACUUGAAGGUCGGCCUCCAUGUCAACUCCUCCUCCUCAGCGGCACCCUGUAUUUCCAACCACCACAGCGAGGCCCUGAUGGACAUGGAGCUGCUGUUAUCGAUCCUGAUGUUCCUCCGCUUGUACUUGGUGCACAGAACCAUCCUGCUGCACAGCAAAGUGCUGCUGAGCGCCUCCUACAGGAGCAUCGGCUCGCUCAACAACAUCAACUUCACCUUCCGCUUUGUUCUCAAGGUACUGAUGAACAAAUACCCUGGACGCACGUUGCUGGUCUUCAUCCUCUUCUUCUGGCUCACUGCUUCCUGGAUGCUUACUCUGUGUGAGAGGAAGACCCAGGAAUCGACAGGCCACAUGGACACGGCUCUGUGGCUCAUAGCCAUCACCUUCCUCACAGUGGGCUAUGGGGAUGUGGCGCCCCACACCACCUGCGGCAAGGCGAUGUGUCUCUUCAGUGGAGUCAUGGGUGUAGCCUGCACUGCCAUGCUGGUGGCAGUCGUUACCAAGACGCUGGCGUUGAACAAAGGAGAGAAACACGUGCACUUCUUCAUGCUGGACAUCCAGAUCUCUAAAAGGAUCCGCCACGCUGCUGCCAAUGUGCUAAGGGAAUGCUGGCUUCUGCACCGCACAAACCUGACAAAGGGCAACCGCGGUGAGCACCGAAGACACCAGAGAUGCCUUCUGGAAGCCAUCAGAGUAUUUCGGCAUUUACGCCUCAAACAAAGAAAACUGAGAGAUUACGUCAGUGAGAUGGUGGACCUCCCUAAGAUGCAGAUGAUCAUGUGCGACCUCAGUGCCAAUUGGAAUAACUCCUAUCGGGAGCUGGAACAGCGUAUCCUCUCCAUGGAGCAGAAGUUGGACGAGCUCAGUCGCUGCUUCCAACAAACCUCCGAGCUACUUUCUCAUGCCCUACAGCACCGCAACCCAGAGAUCAGGUGACAUGGCUUCAUAUACUUGUUAUGGAGGCAGAUAAUUGUCGUUGGUGGUUUCAUCUACAGUAUCCAUGACCAAGAAGUGGUAAACCCAGAGCUGCUCCAGACCCAUAACAUGCUGAACCACUUGGAGGACUGGCAAAACUACUCAAGAUCUCAUCCUCUGGCCCAGUGCUGAGUGCACUGCACAAUGACCCAUAGUUGAAAAAUUAUACGGACAAAAUAAGACUUCCAUUCACUGUGGGAGAAUCAGUGCAUUUUGAGAAAUCUGUUGUUUUCAGCAGUUGUACAGUAUUUGUGAUGGUGCACAAAGAACUGAAUUAUUCUCAAACAAGGACAGUGGAGAGCCUUGUAAUCCACACUGUCAAAGGCCAGUCCAGGGCUCGCUAACUAUUUCUAAGGUUUCAUUGAUGGACUCCGUCACUGCCUUAUUCCUGUGGAAUAAGAUAUAUAUUUUUACAACUUAAUUUUAUUUUAAAUUUCUUGCAAUGUUUUAUUGUUAGCAUAACCAGUUUUCUAAAAACAAAAAAAACUCUUGCAAAUCCUCUUUUUCAUCAGCAGACUAGCUUGUAAUGCUUUCCUCUAAACCAUCAAGCAAAUUGUAAAAUAAAUGAUGCAUUUUAAUGCUCAACCAAGAGAAGAAACUAAACUUCAGUUCAAGUAUUGUGAGAAGAAAUUCUUUAUUCAAAGUUUAAAUCCUUGGGAUUUUAAGGGAUGUCAAAUGAAAGUCAGAUUAAUGUCUACAUUGAAGGUUGUAAUCAUCAGUUUACACCUGUUCUGAUAACAAUGAAACUUGAGCGUAAGCUGCCAUGUAAACUCCCCUCUUAGUAACACAACAGCCCCCUCUAGUGGAAAUGAAUUAAGUAAACUACAUAAUAUUGAGGACCCUUAAUGUUAAAAUUUUGAAGAUUAUAUAACCACAAAAAAAGUCAUGCUAUUUUUGACCAAAAUACCAAGACCUCAACAAGGUCUCAAUGGAACAUAACAUUUAGAUCAGCUGUAGUUAAAACAAAUCUGAAAAACAGAAGACAAGAGGACUCAAAAACUCCCAUACAAAUCUCACUGUUAAGAAUGCACUUUGUGAGAAAAAUUACCAUAACUGGAUUAACUCUUUCUCUGGAGGAUAAACUGGAGUAUUGAUGUGUUUUAACUUAAUCCAAUAUUGAAAAAAGUUCAUUGUGGGUUCAUUUGAACUCUGGUUUGCUGUCAAAAGAACUUCUGAGGAACUUGUUCUAACCCUGUUUACUAUGUAUCAUUUGCACAUGGUGAAAACAUGUUACCAUCCAGGACAUGCUUAUAAUUAAAAGCCAUUAAGAACAAACAUGUAUGUGAUUUUGCUUUGAUUGUAUCUUGAUAAUACACAAAUUAAAGUGGUGACAAUC